UCAAGUUUCAUCUAAACCCUAAACCUCACUCCCACUCGUCCCUAUCUCACGCACGCCGACGUCGCCUCUGCAAGUUAUCUUGCUCCCUUCCUCUCUCAAACUCUCAUCCUCUCUCGAACUCUCAAUUCUCAGGUUAAAAAUGGAAACUUUUUAGGUUAGAAAAUACGCGUGAAUCGUGACUCUCUCUCUUCCCAGGUUAAAACACUUUCUUCCCACAGUUUCAGACAAAUCUCUCUCUUUCCUCUUUCCUCUCCCCUCACCGACGGCCAGUCACCAAAGACCACGAACGGCAAGCACCGCUGACGACGAGCCACCCACAUCUCCGGGGAAGAGCUACCCACCGUCAAAAUCCCCAAAUUUCAAAACCCCAACCCACUAUCAAAAUCCAUCUUCCCUCUCCCCCACUGACAACGAAACGCACAGAAAAAAACUGAAAGUGAAAUCACACCGACAAAAGCGGUUUUGCCCCGAGUUACGCACGGCACGACAUUGCAUAAACCCGCACCCUAAACCCUAUGCCACCUCUCUCUGCAAAACCCUAAUCUUUGCACGUCUAUUGUGGUUGGGUUUGGCAAAGAUGUUGCGAAGAAACAUACGGUUGAGGAGAGAGUAUUUGUACAGGAAGAGCUUGGAAGGCAAAGAACGCUUGCUCUAUGAGAAAAAGCGAAAGAUCAAAGAAGCUCUACAAGAGGGAAAGCCGAUUCCCACGGAGCUACGGAACGAGGAGGCAGAGCUUCGGCACCAAAUCGAGCUUGAGGACGAAAACACAGCUGUCCCGAAGACGCACAUUGAUGAUGAAUACGCAAAUGCAUCAGAAAGGGAUCCAAAAAUUUUGAUAACUACGUCUCGUAAUCCAAGUGGUCCACUUACACAGUUUGUGAAGGAAUUGAAGGUUGUCUUUCCUAAUGCACAGCGAAUGAAUCGUGGUGGCCAGGUUAUUAAAGAGAUUAUUGAAACAUGCCGUGCAAAUGAUUUUACAGAUGUCAUCUUAGUUCAUGAACAUCGUGGUGUGCCAGAUGGUAUGACUAUAAGCCAUCUACCUUUUGGUCCAACUGCAUAUUUUGGAUUACUCAAUGUGGUUACCAGACACGACCUUAAAGACAGGAAAGGCAUUGGGAAAAUGUCUGAGGCUUACCCACACUUGAUACUUAACAAGUUUUCAACAAAGCUGGGGGAGAGGACAGCAAACAUUUUGCAGCAUCUUUUUCCUGUGCCAAAACCAGAUACUAAACGCAUUAUAACUUUUGCCAAUGAGUCUGACUAUAUUUCAUUCAGGCAUCAUGUGUAUGAGAAACAUGGAGGUCCUAAAUCAAUUGAGCUUAAAGAAGUUGGUCCUCGCUUUGAAAUGCGACCUUAUCAGAUAAAAUUAGGAACACUGGAUCAGGAUGAAGCUCAGACUGAAUGGGUCAUCAGACCAUUCAUGAACACUGCCAAGAAAAGGAAGUUUCUUGGAGAUUGAUGCCACCUCAAAAAGAAUUUUGGAAGAUAAGAUUCAUAUCAUUUGUUAAUCUUAUUAAAAAUGUGAGAAUUAUGUAGUCUAAGAACAGAUGUCUUAGUAGCAACCCUCAUAUUCUCAUUAAAUCAUACUCUUUUUACUAUUCUCAUUAAAUCAACGGAAAGAGAAUGGAGUUAGCCUUGUCGAGCAACCCUCA